GUCAACAUUUCCAUGUGCACUCCCAAUGCGUUGAACAUAUUAGCUGGGCAGGGCUUGUUUCACAUCAUUUUAGUAGUGUAAAGCAGUCAGAAAUUUACAAGCUCAGUCGCAUGCUGGGAUUUUCAUGGGCAGCUAGUAAACUUUUUGUGGUAAUCAAUGAAGAUGCAUCACUCCACCCUUCUUGGAUUGUUCAUCAUGUUAUCUGCUCUGUCGAGAUCUUAUGCUGGUAAAGUUCUGGUCUUUCCUGUGGAUGUAAGUCAUUGGAUCAAUAUGAAGGUCCUUAUUGUGGAGUUGCAUUCAAAAGGUCACAAUAUCACUGUGGUCCGAGACUCAAAUAGCUGGUAUAUUGAGGAGAAGUCUCCUCUCUACACUUCCAUUACUGUGGAGAAUGGUAAAUUUGACAAUGACUUCAUGGAGAAGUUUCUCCCUCAAUUACUGAAAAUGCAGAGACAAGGACGAUCAUUUUGGAAUGAAAUGGCAGUUGCUGAAGAAUCUUUUAGGAGGUUUGCAGAAAUUCAUCAGCGAAUUUGCAAUAUGACAGCUACAAUGUUUGAAGAUGAGACCUUGAUGAAUUCACUGAAAGAUGCUGCAUAUGACAUUGUUCUGACGGAUCCUGCUUUCGGAGGUGGAGUGUUACUGGCACACCGUCUUGGUCUCCCUCUUGUGUUUAAUGUGCGCUGGACCGUGUACGGAGAAGCCCAUUUUGUUAUAGCUCCAUCUCCUCUCUCAUAUAUACCUGUCCCAGGAUUACAGCUGACUGACAAGAUGACAUUCAGUCAGAGAGUCAUGAACGUGAUGACAUAUUUAAUGAUUCAUUAUAAAAAUUCCAAAUACUCUGGUUCUCCUUACCAAGAGUUUACCCAGAAAUAUUUUGGCCCCGAUGUUGAUUUCUUCUCCCUCCUCCAGAAUGCCGACAUCUGGCUCAUGAGAAACGACUUCACGUUUGAGUUUCCACGACCCACAAUGCCAAAUGUUGUCUAUAUGGGUGGCUUCCAGUGCAAACCAGCUAAGCCACUUCCAGAUGACCUUGAGAAAUUUGUACAGAGCUCAGGAGAGCAUGGGGUCAUCAUCAUGACUUUAGGAACUGUUUUUGGUCAGCUUCUGAGUGAAAUCAAUGAUGAGAUUGCUGCAGCUUUUGCCCAACUGCCUCAAAAGGUUAUUUGGAGACACACAGGACCACGACCUGCCAACCUUGGUAAUAACACAUUGAUUGUGGACUGGCUCCCUCAGAAUGACCUGCUUGGACAUCCUCAAACUAAAGUGUUUGUGGCACAUGGAGGCACCAAUGGAGUUCAGGAAGCCAUCUACCAUGGGGUGCCUAUUGUGGGCCUUCCUUUGGCUUUUGACCAACCUGACAAUCUCUCCAGGAUGCAAGCAAAGGGAACAGCAAAAAUUGUAGACUUUGCAACUCUGGACAGGAAUGUGUUUCUAGAGGCAUUAAAGGAGGUUUUGCAUAACCCAUCUUACAGGGAGAACAUGCAGAGACUGUCCAGACUGCACCACGACCAGCCAAUGAAACCUCUUGAUCAUGCUGUCUUCUGGAUUGAGUUUGUCAUGAGGAAUAGAGGAGCCUCUCAUUUACGAACACAGUCUUUCAGAAUGUCCUGGAUUGAGUACCACUGUAUAGAUGUUAUUCUCACUCUUUUGAUGAUAUUUGUGUUGUCUUGUUUUGUGAUUUACUCUAUCAUAAAAUAUCUUUGUUUUAAAGUAGUAUUUAAAAAGAAAAUGAAAUCUGAGUGACCGAAUAUUUGGCUCAAAUCUCAGCACAUAAUUCCAUAACCAAUAUUUCAGUUUCUUUUUCAAAUGAGAUGUCUCAAUAUUUUUUUUUUUUUUUUUUUGGAAAGUUGUAAAAUGACACAUAAAACAUAUGUAAAUCCUUAAAUCAUUUUUUUCUCAUUUUCAAUGAGAAAGUCAGUAGAUGUGAGCUCAAUAUGAUAUAGCUGAACGAUUCUGACUAAAAAUGGGAAAUAACUUACUAUAUAAUUUAUCAAUAUGAUAAAGUAUUUAAUCUUCUAAAAAAAACCUUGACUGAUGUGACAAUAUGUGGUUUGAAAUAAACUGUUCUUUGUGCAAAUUUUUCUUAUACUUCCAUUUCCUGGUGUAAAUACUAGUGUUUUUAAGACAGCAAAUUUUAAAUCUUAAAUCUAAUAUUUCUAAGUCUAAAUUUUAAUGGGGACUAAAGAUAUAUUCAAGGCUAUUUUUAUAAUUAUUAUAGACUGAAAUUAUCUAAAAGCAAUAUUUAAAUCUCUACAUAUGUACGGCCUGUGCAUAAAGCAUAUAAAAAUAUGUGAAAAAGAAUAUUGGGAAAUUCCCAUAUGGGAAAUACACUUCUGCCUUGCAGUCAUUGUAUUAUUUAUUCAUAUAGUCAUUUAUUAAUUUAUUCAUUCAUUUAAUAAAUAAUUAAGUAUUAUUAUUUUGUCAAAACUA